GACAAUCAUUAUGAGAAAAGAAAAGGGAAGAAAAAAAGAAAGACAGAAAAUAAUGGGGCAUUUUUGCAAUCACUAAGCUUAUAUUAUCUGCUAGUCUAUGUACUAGUGUCUGACAUAUAUUAGAGGAAAUUGGUCAUGGCCCACCCACUUAAAAUAAGGCUGUGAUCACGUACCAUAUAAAAAUUCCUGGGUUCCUUGAAGUGCUUCUCUCGGCGCCCAAGAUUAAUUGUAAGCAAGCAGCAGUAGCAGCCUGCUCAUGAAAGAAACAGUGAGGUACUUGGCAGGCAUUGCAGGCCCAAGUGGUUAUGGCUCAAAGUCAACAGCUGAGCAAGUGACUGAAGAUUGUGCCUGCUUAUUUCCUCUCCAUUUAACUGCUAUCAUCACUGGGGCAACCUCAGGAAUUGGAGUUGAAACAGCAAGAGUAUUGGCUAAGAGAGGUGUAAGAGUAGUGAUUCCUGCAAGAGACUUGAAAAAGGCAGCUGAAGUAAAGAAGGUUAUACAAAAGGAGACUCCAAAAGCAGAGAUAAUAAUAUUUGAGACUGAUUUAAGUUGCUUUGCUUCUGUCAAGAAAUUUUCUUCUGAUUUUCUUGCUUUAGGAUUACCUCUUAAUAUUCUCAUAAAUAAUGCUGGGGUAUUUUCUCAGAAUUUGGAAUUCUCUGAAGACAAAAUUGAGAUGACAUUUGCUACAAACUGCUUAGGACAUUUUUUGUUGACAGAAUUGGUAUUAGAGAAAAUGAUAGAAACAGCAGCGGAGAUAGGCAUCCAAGGGAGAAUAAUAAAUCUUUCUUCUGUAAUUCAUAGUUGGGUAAAGAGAGAUUCUUUUUGCUUCAAUCAAAUGAUAAACCCAAACCCAAAGAAUUACAAUGGCACACGUGCAUAUGCUCAAUCAAAAUUGGCAAAUAUAUUACAUGCCAAGGAAAUGGCUAGACAGUUGAAGGCAAGGAAUGCAAGAGUGACAAUCAAUGCAGUGCAUCCAGGCAUUGUCAAAACAGGAAUAAUUAGAGCUCACAAGAGUUUUAUCACAGAUUCCCUGUACUUCAUUGCAUCCAAGUUACUAAAAUCAACAUCUCAGGGUGCAUCAACCACAUGUUAUGUUGCAUUGAGUCCGCAGACAGAAGGUGUCAGUGGCAAAUACUUUGCAGACUGUAAUGAGAGCAGCUGCUCAGCUCUGGCCUGUGAUGAAUCUGAGGCACACGAACUCUUGAGGCAGACCACACCACUCAUCUACAGAAGCCUCUACCAGCAACCACUAGCUUGAUAUGCAUAUUUUAGCACUGUAGAUUUUAGGAGCCAUAUUGUAUAUAUAUAUAUACACGUGCGUUAGAUUUGUAUAUGGCAAAUUAAUUACAAGGUUAGGUGAUUAAUGAUAACUUU